AUGGAGGUGCUGCUGCAGGCGGCGGACGCGCGCGUGGCGCCGCUGCUGGCGUGCGUCAAGGGCUGGCCGCUGGAGGCGCAGGCGGACCUGACCAACUGGCGCGCCGUGCUGUUGAAGCUGCACCGCCUGCUAGUGGCGGCGCUGCAGCAGUGUCCGUACCUGCUAUUGGUCGAGGCGGAGCUGGAGAAGGCGCAGGAGCCAAUCGCCGUGCAGACGGAGCAGGAGCUGACCGAGCUGGUGUUCGAGAUCUUGAAGUUCUCGGCCUUCCUGCUGGAGAACGCCGCCAACAAGGCCGUGUACCCAUCUGCGGAGCCCGUGAUGGCGCUGCUGGCCGCGCGUAACGAGCGCGUCGUGGCUGAGGCCACCAAGGUCGUUGCCAUGCUGGCGCUGCCCCCGCAGGUGCACCGCUACGCUGCAGACCCCACGAGCUUCGUGGACCCUGCGGCUGGCCGCAACAAUUUGCUCAGACGACGACUGCUAACUGUGGCGCAAGGACGCGGGGCGCCCAAGAACAGCUUGGAGGUGGUGGAUUAUUUGAAUGCGACGAACGCAGACACGGCGAGCAAUGUGGAGUUUCAGUUUUACAGCUCGGAGCAGGACGGAGGCGACGAUACCGCGGCCAGAGUGGUGAGUGUGGCCAUUCCGCCCUACGAGGAGAUCGUGGGAGCCAGCACGUCGCCUGCUGAAGCGGCGUGCGCGGCAGCGACCGCCUGUGAGCGUUUGAUUGAGCAGUACAAAAUCCCCAAGAGAUUGCAUUUCCAGCUAUUCACGCAGGUGCGCGCGUGUUAUGCUGCGCGCAGUGCGUUGGCGCGCGAGAACUUGGUGGUGGAACGCCUGUACGCGCUGCUGGCGCUGUUUUCGCUGUUUAGCGAUGCGUGGGACGUGACGAAUUACGUGGAGCAGCACCCGGAACUUACGCGAGGAAUUGUGGAGCUAAUUCGCGUUGAGAGCAUUGAGCGCGUGCCCGUGCGCGUUCGAGUUACUGCGCUGCUUGUGCUCACGGCGUUAGUGAAUGACCGAGUUGGACGAGCGGGGGGCAUGGGCGUUCUUGGUCGUCAGUCAAAUGUGCUGCAGGCUCUGGGCGUCGUCAAGGGGACACCGCACGGUGUGUUCCCGUCCCUUGUGCGGUUUUGCAUGGCUGAACUCGGCGACGUGUCCACUCUUAGCUCUACAGCUGCGACGUCAGGGUCUCCGUCGCCUACCGCGCUCGCGUCCGAAGCGGCGGAUACAGAUAUGGACAUGAGCUUGGCGGUCGCUUUCGUGCAGGCUACAACGGACUUGUUAUCCCCACAGGAGGCCCAGGUGGUUAGUGCACCUCCAUUUCGAAGUGUAAGCAGCGGAAACGUCCUAGAGGCCAAGCUAUGCUGGAUGGAGGCUGUCUUGGGAUUGCUGACCACGGUGGUAGCGAUCCAAUCCGGCGCUGCUGUCCUGACGGAAAACGGCAUUGUGCCGGCUCUUCUGCAUGUGCUGACGUUACCCUCUUUGAGCACUUUUCACAUGGCCGUGACGACGCAGUGUGUGCAAGCACUGGAAAUCACGGUGAGCAGUCAUUCAGCCGCAGCUGCUCUCUACAGGGACUUGAACGGCGUCGGAAUUCUUGUGGAUCGGCUCAAGCUCGAAUGCGCCAGUAUUGUAAACAGAAGUCCGACGACCUCAGUGGUUUCCGAAACGAAGACGGUGCUGCUUCUGGCCAUCUUAGCGUCAUUAUCGAUGUCGUUCCAUUCGCAAGGCGUCAUGAGCGCAGGAGCGACAAGCCGCGCCAUUCGCGAGGGCAGCGCACUCAACAAGGUGCUACUACAGCUUCUGUCCAACGUGGACGUGUUUGGGCCCGUCGUAUUCGCCCAGACGGCUGUUGUGGUUUCGGACGUCAUCAACAAUGACCCGAGCAGUGUGAAUCACGUGCAUGCUGCGGGUUUGGCGGACGCGUUCUUGAAAACACUUACGCGAUGGGAUAUCGCCGAGUUGUACCCGUCGCGGAUACUGUUGCCGCCAUCCAGCGAGCUGCUGACAGCGGUCCCCACUGUACUGAAUGCGCUUUGUCUUACUACUACGCAUGCGGAGAAGGUGGCGAAGUACGAGCCGCUUAUGCACCUGCUAGACGUAUUCGCGCUCCCUCAAUACACAGAAGAUGAAGCCAAAGAUUACUGCUUCCAAGGUGAUACGGCUGCGGCCGUUGGUGCAGGUAUUUUCGAGUUGAUGCGGCAUGUGCCAAGCUUCCAAAAUGCAGCUAUUCAAGCUGCAGUGCAUGCUCUGAAGAAGGUGAUUCGGUUUGGCGAAGAAUCGAAACAGACAACAACAUCGUCAGCGGAGAAUAUUGCUGGAGACAAGGAUCGUGGUAUUUUGAUUCGGAUGACGACGCAUGUGGCGGAUCUGCUGGAACCAUUGCUCUCCAAGUCCGAGCACGCUGCAUAUUUUGCGGACCUUGGAGGCAUUCGUCUGCUGUUGACACUGUAUCAAUUAAUUCUCCCGAGCACGUCCUCAUUCCUGGAUGGCGCCCUACCAAGCAACAAGGCCACAAAGACGGGGUCGCCACAAAGUUCAUUUGCCCAUAACCCCGCUGUGCAGUCGAUUACUCUUGCGCUGCGUUCGUAUGCGUCACAGCAGCCGACGAAUCUUCUGGCCGCUAUCGUGAAAGAACUGAGCUUGCAAAUGGACAGCCUCCAGCGUGCCCGUGCCAAGGUUGGAUUGCCGUGGUAUUUGAGUGAAAGCGGUGAAGGUGCUGAAGGCGUGUUAAGUUCGCUUCCUGACAUUGAUUUGGCAAAGAUGAUUACCGAACAAGACAAGAGCAGUGUCGCCAAUACGUCUGCUGAUAAAGUCAUGGUUGCCGGCGAAUAUCUUCGGGUGCUUGCUGUGUUGGAAUGGCUCGCUUCGGUGCUUAUCUGGACGUUGGAGACAGCGCAUACGCACAUGCAGAGUCGGAGGUGGUUCACGGACUUUACAGCUCCCUCGACGCAGCACGUCAUUGCGCGAUUAUUCCGUGUUGACCGCUCAGUGCAGUUCGAACGAGCGAGUUUGGCAUCACUUCAUCAGAAGAAGCGCAAAGAAAAGUGUGAAAAGUCUAAGAGUGCAGUCGAUGAAGCAGACGCCAGCAUGGAGAGCCCUCGUGGAACUGGUCUGUGGAAGAUGGGUUCAUUGCUGCUUCUGCGCUUUUCGUUAAGCAUGCGCGGGCUUUUAACAGCAUACAGCAAGGUUUUUCUAUCGGCUCCUAUGCAGCACCGGCGAGGCGACGAUAUCGUGGUCCCCCUUGCACCACACGCGCGGAAACUUGCGCUGACAGUCACGCAAAUUCUGGGAGGCCACUUGCUGUAUGUUGUCUCGGUGAAUCGAGCUACACAGAUCGACACGUUCGUACAGCAGUACUACCUCACGUUCCUGUUGGAGACAAUUUCCGUCGUGCUUUUCGAAGGAAAGAAAAAGCAGGCCAACACAUUAUUGCUCGUUGAGCUCAUGAAACCACUGUGCGAUGUUUCCGGGAUGGAAACUUCGACUGAACGACCUCAGCCUCCGCAAGUUCCUUCUACAUCGGUUGAAGAUGUGCCCAUGAUUCAAGACAGUGCCCUCGAAGGUGAAGGUGAUGCUGCUAAGGCGGGUAAAGCGAUUACAACGUGUGCCGGCGCACAAAUCACGGCCUCGAACCUGAUGGACGUGAUCAUGAAUAUCAUCGAGCGCUUCUUUGCAGUGUGUCUCGAAGGAGAGCGAGACAAACACUCUAAUGGCGAGGUUGGCGAUGGAGCGAAGCCCUCCCAAAUGGCGCUGACGUCGUUUCACAUCGCAGCGAGCGUACUGCGUAAGUUGUCCAACUUGGAAGGUUUAUCUGCAUCCCCGCUAACUGCGGCAUUACUGACAAGUGAUGAAGCUGGAGAAUCGGAUGAGGCACCGUUUGAGCCCCGAAAGCUAACCGCGCAAUUGCAUGGGAUGUGUGUUCGUGCAUUGCUGUCCAUUUGGAAACACCCCAAAUUCGCAUCUUCGCCUGUGGAAUCGUGUCUGGCUGAGGUAAUGCCAAUUGCAGUUACCAUCUUGAAAAGCCGCAUGGACAAUGAUGACGAGGCGGCAGGGUCGGAUACUGAAGGUGAGUUGAGUGGCACCGGUCGUCGAGGAUUGGGAUUUAGCCGCGGAAAUCGUGAAAGAAAUUCCAGCACCGAGCUCUACAACGAGGCGCUGUCGCUUCGACGAGCUCUCUUUGGUGGUGCACGUGGUGCAGGUUCGGCUGGAAGUAGUCAGCGUCAAUCUUUCGUACCCGAUACUGAGAUUGUAGACAGCCUCGUAUCGAUGGGCUUUCAGCAGUCACGGGUGGAGCGUGCUCUUCGACAGAUUCAAGUGAACAACGUGGAACUGGCCAUGGAGUGGAUACUGGGACACCCUGAGGACGAGGGUGAAGAUGAACAGCAUGAUGAGACAAACGAUGAGGACAUUGCCGCUGGUGACGCAGCUCUUCGUCGAGAGAAAGAAGCUGCUGACGAAAAGAAGCUCGAAGCAGACUUGCAAGCGCUUUACAUUUCAUUGCGCGACAGUUUCGAGUCGGUAUGCUUCCAAAUCUUACGCGUGCAAGCUGGCAAGGAGAGACAAGAGGUUGAGAAACGACAGACUGACGCAACUCAAGUCGAAGCUCCGAGCAACUUUUAUCCGAGUCAAAACUUGGUAAAGGCGAUCGCGGAGUACUUCAGCUUUCUAUGCUCACGCUCAGACGAAGAUCGCGACUUGGUGAUUCAGCGCCUGAAUGCUGCUGUGUUGGAUUAUUUCAACGGAGACGAAGAAGGUGGGGAUGAGUUUUUAACGAUGAUGGCGCAUUUGCUGGCGCUUGUUCUUCAGUUGAACUCUGAUGCAUGGGCUGUAAUGCAGCUUCAGUCGCCGUCCUGCAUCGAUAAACUCGUGGCGUUUGUGUCAAGCACUGGAACAAACGACGAUGGUAUUCUGAAGCCCUCGUGUACUCCAAUUCUCUUGGUUCUCGACGCAGUCGUAGCAGGAAAAGCGUCGAAGCGCUUGUCUUCGCCUUCUUCUUCGACUGUUGGUGACGCUCUCGGGAGUAGUGAGAGUAUGAACGACAAGCCAAAAGAAGGAAGCCAAAAUGAUGAUAUCAAGCGAGCGGAGGACAGUGCGUUUGAGGAGCAACUUGUCAGCAUCUGCUUACAAUUACUCAAGCAAGCGUCAUCGACAGUGCCAUCGGCGUCGUCUGUGUCGACUGACAACAAGACGCUAGCGCACGCAAUUUGGCAGCUAUUGUCACGUUUGACCCUUAAGUAUGAACUGGCGUCGUAUUUUUCGGCGCAUGGCGGUCUCGAUGCUGUACUGGAUGUUCCGGAAAGUAUUUUCUUCGCCGGAUACCAAGAGCUUACCAGCACAUUGCUCUCCCAGGCGCUCGAGUCGCCGGAGGUUCUAGAGCAUAUGAUGGAAGACAAAAUUCGGCGUGCGAUUACCAAACUGUCGACUCGAUUCGGUGCACCAAGCCAGAUGCGCAUCACACCGCGGGCGUUGCUCACGGAGGUGGCGCCUUUCGCAGCGCGUAACGAAGCUGUAUUCCUUCGAGCUCUGCAGAACUCAGUGCGGGUAAAGAAGACUGAAUCGGGUCGAACUUACAUUUUGCCGAUACCGAAAAAGUCGGAGGGCACUGAUGCAUCACCAUCGGGGCAGCCCGUCGAUCAGCCCAAUUCGGCUCAACAAAGCGGGGCCAGUGGUGCAAAGGCCCUGCAGAAGCUACCGAAAGAUCACAAACACGAUGCUCACGUGAUCGUGCACAAGAUUAUUGGUCGCAUUCGCAAAUUGUGGGGAGUGGAAAAGAGUGUGAAGAAGCAGCAUGAAGCGCGCCAGACGCCUGGAAAUGAGAGCGGGCUGGUUCCUGCGGGCUUGUGUGUGGGAGUGUACCUGCAAUUGCUGGUUCAUCUGAUCACCCAUUUCCCAGCUUGUGCGACCGUUCUCGCGAAGGCGAAGGAUGAAGCGGGUGCAUAUGGUGAGCGUGGGGGCUUUAUUCGUUUGGUUCUGUGCGAGUUUUUACCUUCUCGGGAGCUUUGCCAGUUUGCUGCAUCUCGCAAGGCCUUGAAGGAAGACGGAUUCUAUAAAAACAGCAGACUGGGUAGCGGUGAUUCGGAUCAACUACUCUCUGAGGUGAAGAUAUUCGUUGACAGUCGUACGCGCAUGCGAGUCCACAACGCACACAGACUUCUCGUGAGCAUUGGCAGCCAUUCUGGAGAAGGCUCGAAGUGUAUUAUUUUGGAGCUUGUGCGCUUGCUGCAAGAGUGGCCUCAAAGCGACAGUCAUGCGAGUAAAAUCGAUGAUUUGACUGUGCGGGACGAGCAUGCGCUGAGUUCGCUGCAUGCUUGGUCUGGCCUGAUCAUGAGUGGCCUGAAGGGCAAGCACUCGUUCGUGACAUUGCUGGCUGAAGCUCUGCGUAAAAUCGACCUGACGCAUCCGCUGGCCCACGCAACAUGCAUGAUGUUGCUUCGACCACUCUCCACGCUUACGCGGUCGUUCGUGACACAUCGAGUUCGACGUUUGCUGAAGAAGCGGAAUCACGCCACCACCUCAGCAACAACCGCGAGACAAGCUCGUCCAGAACCUCAGCUGAUCGGGGUAACGUAA